UUACGCAAUAAAUAUUCACUUUUAAAGCAAACAUUUACCAAAAUCCUAAACUUUGACGCUCUGUCAAUGACCCCCGCCCUCGAAACGCCGCCGUUGCCGCUCUCUUUUUUCUUUUUGUCUCUUUAAGAUUCUACAGUUUGCGCGCUUUGCAAAAACUUCGCAGUCGUGGGAAGCAGUCUCACCAACUGUAGCUUUUGCAUAAUGAAGAAUCCUAAUCCAAGGUUGGGUUUCCUUUGAGGAAUCUGCUUUCUGCUUCAAUUGAGGGGGUACUAAUAACUGUUUUUUUACACUAAUGGCUGCUAUGAAUCCAAUAGACAUUAGUUCUUCUGAUAGUGAGCUUGAAACUGAAGAUGUUGGAGACAGAAAAGCCUCAUCUUCAAGGAUCCUUCCCCAAUGGGCGGCUACAAAUGGUACUAAUUUAAGGAGUCCUGGUGAUACUAGGGAGUAUAAAAAGAUUUCCAAUCAAGCACAGUUUUCUAAUUUAAACUCUUCUGGUGUAAAUAAUCAUUCACGAACUGAAGUCUUGACACAUGACCCUGAUGAUAAUGCUAAAGCCUCAUCUCAACAUAUUGCCCUAGGCAAUGGUUCUGAAAAUUUUACAAUGAAUGGGAAUAUUGGUCAGCCUCGGACUGUUAAUUCUCGAAUUUCUAAUGGUUCAGGUACUGAUUUUGAGAAACUGACAUCUCAGCAGGCUCUAAAGAGGACUCUUCCUCCGUCUCUUCAACUCUCUGGACAAAGUAGUAAAUCAGGCAAUUUAGUGGAGAUUAUGAGCAACAGUCAGAUUCAUGAUGCUUAUGGAAACUCUAACCAUUUGGCUGGACCUAGUUCUUCCAAUAGCCAGAGCUAUAUGAGAGACCAUUAUAACUGGGGCAAUACUGAUGGAGCUAUGUAUGGAAAUACUAGUAGGGUCCUUCCUCCAUCUUUUAUGCAAGGAAAAUCUGUUAAUUUUUCUCAGUUUUCUGGGCCUGAAAAUCCUGUAUAUCGUGCUGGAGUAAGUGAAGAAAGAGCUCCUAUAAAUGAUGAAAGAAUGGUUUAUCAAGCAGCACUGGAGGACCUCAACCAACCAAAAAUUGAAGCUGAACUUCCCGAUGGUCUUUUGUCUGUUUCUCUUUUCAGACAUCAGAAGAUUGCAUUACAUUGGAUGCUUCAAAGAGAAACAAGAACUAGGUUAUGUUCAGGUGGAAUAUUGGCUGAUGAUCAGGGCCUCGGUAAAACAAUCUCAAUGAUUGCUCUUAUACAAGUGCAGAAGUCUUUAGAGUCCAAAUCAAAACCAGAAGAUCCAAAAAAACGUGAAUUUGUAGCUCUGAAUUUGGAUGAUGAUGAUGAUGAUGAUGAUGAUGAUAAUGGUACUGGUGGGUCAGACAAAGUAGGCCAAAAUAGAGAAUCUGAUGAUACCAAGUCAAUCUCAAAAGUGAGUACUUCAACCAGUGCAUUCAGCAGACAGAGGUUACCAGCAGGGACAUUGGUUGUGUGUCCGGCGAGUGUUCUUCGACAGUGGGCCAGGGAGCUGGAUGACAAAGUUUCAGAGAAAUCUAAACUUUCUGUCCUCAUCUAUCAUGGGGGUAGCAGGACCAAGGAUCCUUCAGAACUUGCCAAGUAUGAUGUCGUUCUUACAACAUAUUCACUUGUCACUAAUGAGGUUCCUAAACAAGCUAUUGUUGAUGAUGAUGAAAUUGAUGAAAAAAUUGGGGAGAAAUAUGGAUUGUCUUCUGACUUUAAGAGGAAGAAAACAGCUAAUGUUGGUAAUAAGGGGAAAAAGGGUAGGAAAGGAAUUGAUGGCUCCCUUGUUGAUUCUAGUGCUGGUGCCCUUGCUAGAGUACAUUGGUUAAGGGUGAUACUAGAUGAAGCUCAAACAAUAAAAAAUCAUCGAACACAAGUUGCUAGAGCCUGCUGCGGUCUUCGAGCCAAGCGAAGGUGGUGCUUAUCUGGAACACCUAUACAAAAUGCUGUUGAUGAUUUAUAUAGCUACUUCAGGUUCCUGAGACAUGAACCAUACGAUGUAUAUAAAUCAUUUUGCUAUGGGAUAAAAGUUCCAAUAGCUAGAGAUUAUGUAAAAGGUUACAAGAAGCUGCAAGCUGUUUUGAAGGUAGUAAUGUUGCGUCGCACAAAAGCAACGUUGAUUGACGGGGAGCCGAUAAUCAAGUUGCCGCCAAAGUCAAUUCACAUGUCCAAAGUAGAGUUUUCAUCUGAGGAGCGGGCUUUCUAUAACCAGCUAGAAGCUGAUUCACGUUCUCUAUUUAAGGAAUAUGCAGCUGCAGGCACACUGAACCAAAAUUAUGCAAAUAUUCUGUUGAUGCUAUUGCGCCUACGUCAGGCUUGUGAUCACCCGCUUCUUGUCAAAGGAUUCAACAAUGAUUCCAUUCGAAACUCUGACUCUGUUGAAAACUCUAACCCUGUUGGACAAGUUUCUGUAGAAAUGGCCAAGACACUUCCUAGAGAAUUCCUGAUUAAUCUACUGAACUCCUUGGAAACUUCCUUUGCCAUCUGUCUUGUAUGCCAAGAUACACCUGAUGAACCUGUUGUUACCAUGUGCGGUCAUGUUUUCUGCUAUCAAUGUGUGUCGGAACAUCUGACUGGCGAUGAUAAUACCUGCCCUGCACCUGAAUGUAGAGAACAACUUGGUGAUGAUAUAGUUUUUUCUAAAGCUACUCUUAGGGGCUGUCUUGCAGGUGAUCUUAAUAGUAGUUCCUCGCAUCCCCAGUUCUUUGGAAAGUCAGUGAUUUUACAGGACGAUUACAGUUCAUCAAAAAUCCAGGCUGUCCUUGAGAUUCUUCAGUCAAAAUGCUUAUUAAAGAAUUCAAGUCCUGAAUCACCGAGAUCUAUUGGAUCCAGUGAAGCUCCUUUUUCUUCUGAACAGACAUUUAAAGAAACUGGUCAUUCAGGAGGUAGAGCUGUAAAGCACACAACAGUUUAUUCAAACUUGCCAGCUGAUGGACCGAUGAAAGCAAUAAUUUUCUCACAAUGGACUGGUAUGUUGAACUUGGUUGAGCAUUCACUACGCCAUCAUGGUAUAAACUAUAGGAGACUUGAUGGAACAAUGACUUUAACUGCACGAGACCGGAAUGUCAAACAUUUCAAUACUGACCCAGAGGUAACUGUGAUGCUGAUGUCAUUAAAAGCGGGAAACCUUGGUUUGAAUAUGGUUGCUGCUUGUCAUGUUAUCCUUCUGGACCUCUGGUGGAAUCCAACCACUGAAGACCAGGCUAUUGAUCGAGCACAUAGAAUCGGACAGACUCGUCCUGUUACUGUAACUCGGAUCACCAUUAAAGACACAGUGGAAGAUCGAAUAUUAUCUCUUCAGGAUGAAAAAAGAAAAAUGGUUGCUUCUGCUUUCGGUGAAGAUCAAAGCGGGGGCUCAGCAACUCGAUUAACAGUGGAAGAUCUCAGAUAUCUGUUUAUGGGAAAUUAGCCAAAUCUCAUUUCAUUGCUUUCUUCUGCCUUAUAUAUUCGUACUUGAAGUUCCCAUCAUGAAAGUUUGAUAUUUUGAAAUUUUCAUUCAGAAUCAGAAAUUGCACACAUCUGGUGCCAGCUAAAUGCUGUCAUUCAUGUUUUGCAAAUUAAGAAGCCGACUUAUAUGAGAUUUUUUAAAGCCGAGCCAUUUUUUUGUCCAUCAGGUGCAGAAAUAGGAAAGCAAGGGUGCCUGUAAAUUCUAACUAGUUUUCAAUCUACAUUAAACCUUUGGUUAUUGUAGUUAACCUCUUUUGCUCAAUGUAAUACAUAAAUAUUAUUUCCAAAUUACUGUGUGUUUGUUUGUCUCUA